CGGAGAGACCGCCACAAGAGUCAGGCUGGGGCGGGCAUUGAUGAAGCUAGGGAAUAACCUGGACCGGGAGAAUAUUACCGACGGCGACAGGGAAGCAAGAGCUUACGAAAACAGGCGGUGGUCCAGGAAACCCAGACUGGCAUGCGAUGGCGUCUGUCUAAUUCUUCUAGUGGCUGCAGCUAGUUCACUGGCCCUGUCACAUGACCUGCACGUUGCGGUCCUCGGCGCAGCCUCUCUCUCUCUCAUAUGCAGUCUUCUUUGAGAAAACAGUUGAGGGUGAGGGUACAGGCUGCAGAGAGUUUCUCCCCUCACCUCCCUCGUGCACCUUGGGGUUGUUGGGAAGGGAAAAUCAUGACUUAGUGAUGCGCGGGACCAACCCACUCUCCCCCAACCGCAAUGACAUUCCGAUCAGCGGACGGGUGUCAGGUUUGGGGCCAAGUGUGGAGGAUGCGCUAUGGCGAGGCUCUGCUACGGUGCCACCCGUCCUGAACGUGAACCUCAGCCGGAUAAAUCUGAAUCUCAGGUAAGGCAGGAUUCGAGCCUCGGGGGCAAAUUACUCCUACCACUACCACUA